UCAGUAGACAUUUUUCACACCAACACUGCUGCUUGAAAUAGAUAUAUUCAGUGGACUUCUCCGACAGCCACUCACCGGCCGCCUUUAAGCUCAAUCGACCGGAAAAUCGAUCGUGUUUAUAGCAAAUAUGUUCAUGUCAGUAUGAAUAUCGAAUACCGGUCAUCAUGUCAGUCUCCUACUCUGACUGCUUUUCCGAUUUACUCUGCGGCGAGGACUCCGGGAUAUUAUCCGGCGGCGAGCAGCCUGAGUGCUCCUAUGAUUUUGAAUAUUGUGCCGAUUUCGACGAUUCAAUCGCUGAGUUUAUAGAACAGGAGAGAAAGUUCGUUCCAGGAAUCGAUUACGUCGAGAGAUUUCAAUCUCAAGUUCUCGAUGCAUCUGCUAGAGAAGAAUCCGUUGCAUGGAUUCUCAAGGUUCAACGAUUCUACGGUUUUCAGCCGUUGACGGCAUACCUCUCCGUCAACUACCUGGAUCGCUUCAUCUAUUGCCGUGGUUUUCCGGUGGCAAAUGGGUGGCCCUUACAACUCUUAUCCGUGGCUUGCUUGUCUUUAGCAGCUAAAAUGGAGGAACCCCUUGUUCCUUCCAUUUUAGAUCUUCAGGUCGAAGGUGCAAAGUAUAUUUUCGAACCAAGAACAAUCCGAAGAAUGGAGUUUCUUGUUCUUAGCGUUUUGGAUUGGAGGCUACGAUCCGUUACACCGUUUAGCUUCAUCGGAUUCUUUGCCCACAAAAUCGAUUCAACCGGGACUUACACCGGAUUCCUUAUCUCAAGGGCAACCCAAAUUAUUUUAUCAAAUAUUCAAGAGGCUAGUUUACUUGAGUAUUGGCCAUCAUGCAUUGCUGCUGCAACCAUACUUUGUGCAGCUAGCGAUCUUUCUAACUUUUCACUUAUCAAUGCCGAACAUGCCGAAUCAUGGUGUGAUGGGCUUAGCAAAGAAAAGAUCACAAGCUGCUACAGACUGGUACAAGGAGUGAGUCCAUCAGAAACGUCAACCAGCAAGUCCUUAAAGAUACAACCGGUUCAGGUCCGAGUCAUGACUCGUGCGAGUAUUGGAUCAGGUGACUCAUCAUCCUCAUCCUCAUCAUCACCCUCAUCGUAUAAAAGGAGGAAAUUAAAUAACUGCUCGUGGGUAGAUGAUGACAAAAGAAGCUCUAAUUAAUAAAAGACACCAAAAAAUAAAUAAAUAAAUAAAUAAAUAUGGGGUGAGAGUGAGAGUGGGGAAAAAAGGAAAAAGUGGUUCCAAUUGCUCCAGGUUCAAUUCCUCACUAUAUUUUCGAAAGAGGAAUGGAGAUAUAUAAUUAAUUAAUUAUUAAAUUUAUUUUAGUAGGUGGGCAAUUGCCAUAAUUCAUAAAUAUGGCCUUUGCUGGUUCCCUAGGGAAAGGGGAAGUUUGGUACAUAGUAUUUUGGUGUGAAGAAAAUUUGUUUACUACAAAAGUGGGAGUCAGUCGUUGGUGUGUGAAAAAGAGAAGUGGGAACUGUGAUUCAAUUCAAAGGUGGCAUUCAUUGUUGAACAAAUCAAAGAUAGAUGAUGAUGAUGAGAAAGAGGGGGUGGAGCGUAUGUGGGUCCCCUUCAACCCAAAUAUUAAAACAAAAAGAGCAACUCACUCACGGGAGACUUACGAGAUAUCAACUUAAAAAUAUCAGUGAGUUGUUGAUAUUGAUACUGAUACUGAUUUUGAGUUUAUAUAUGAAAGAAAGAAAGAAAGAUCGUUCGAUCGGAUGUGGGAUUUGAAGAUCACAGAAGAUGAGAAAGACUCCCAUUUUCUUUUUUUACUGAGAUUAAUUUUUAAUUUUUCAUAAGAAAAAAAAAGAGAGAUUUGAUUUUUGGAGAGUGGUUUGAGAGACACAUGCUUUGGUUUGUAAGUGUGUGUUCUCACACGUGUGCAUGUGUGUUUUUUUGGCGGGAAAUGUUCGGGCAUCUUUCCAAAUGUUUUCUUUUUUAGUCCCUAUUAUUUAUUAACUUACAUAACCAGGGACUUUUUUCUUCUUUGCGUUAUUUUAGGAGUGUUGUGGUUCACGCGUGUGAUGGUGACACGUGCAUGUAAUUUUAAUUUUUUUAAUUUUAAAGGGGUU